GUCGUAUUCAUUUUUCAAUUUUCUUUUUAUCAAAUAAAACCAACUAUGUUGCAGAAAUUCGAGGAAGCACUUUGAAGUCAUGCAAGCGUGUUUAAAGGAUGCCUUUUCAUUCCUACAAACAAGUUCGCCAAAUACAUAUUCUGUAUAGAAUUUGAGGAACUUCUUUCUUUUCCGCUUUUUGUUGUAUUUAAGAAAUCAUAAACUGUUGAAAUUUCACUAGAACCAUGAAAGCCGUUAUUCAAAAAGUUUUGAAUGCUUCUGUGACAGUUGACAAUAGUGUCGUCUCUUCCGUCCAAAAAGGACUUUGCAUCCUUGUCGGUGUUGGUUCAGAUGAUACUAUGGAGGAUGUAGAUAAGCUAUGCAACAAAGUUCUGAAAUUAAGGCUUUUCGAAAAUGCCCAAGACCAACCCUGGAAGCAAACGAUUCUUGAGGUUCAAGGAGAAAUCUUAUGUGUUUCUCAGUUUACUUUGCAUGCACGAGUAAAUAAAGGUGCAAAACCCGACUUCCACAGAAGUAUGAAAGGCCCCGAGGCUGUUCAGCUUUAUGAAUCUGUGCUGGAAGGUUUGAAGACCAGUUUGGGCAACGACAAAGUUAAAAAUGGUGUUUUCGGUGCCAUGAUGAACGUUCAACUUACCAACAAUGGUCCUGUAACCAUUCUUUAUGAUACCAAGGAAUAAACGUUUCUAGCUAAAUAAUAUUUCUUUU